CAGAGUUAGAGAGAACACGACAGACCCCGAACAUACAGACCUCCCUGACUAAUCAGAGCAGAGGACACAUGAAGACAAGACAGCAGCAGCCAAUCCUCACUCGGGUCCCAUGCGGUGCAGCAGCCACACUGUACAUCCAGCUGGAGGAGGAGAGGGCUGUGUGUUACUGUCUGCUCACGUGAUCUGCUGCAUCACCAGUCCCUGGCAUGGCUGGCAUGUAGUGAUGCUGCAGGGCCUGGAGACUGGGCAACUUGUUAUCCUCCCCGUCACUGGCUGCUCUGGGCUGAUAAGUAACAGGGAGUCACUGAAUUCUAAGUAACCAUGAGCAGUGAACUAAAUGUCCCAGUGGAUCCCUCCACCCCAGCCGCCUCUGAGCGCGGCAACAAAGGGAUGGACUACAGAGACUGGGUUAGGCGCAGCUACUUGGAACUGGUCACAUCUAAUCAUCACUCAGUGCAGGCCUUAUCCUGGAGGAAGUUAUAUCUCAGCAGAGCCAAAUUAAAAGCUUCUAGCAGGACAUCUGCUUUACUUUCUGGAUUUGCUAUGGUUGCAAUGGUUGAAGUCCAGCUUGAGAUGAAAUAUGAUUACCCAAAACCUUUGCUCAUUGCGUUUAGUGCCUGCACCACCAUACUGGUGGCUGUCCACUUAUUUGCACUUCUGAUUAGCACCUGUAUACUUCCUAAUGUCGAGGCAGUGAGUAAUAUCCAUAACUUGAACUCUGUCAACGAAUCACCCCAUGACCGUAUGCAUAUUUAUAUUGAACUGGCUUGGGGUUUCUCCACAGCUCUUGGGAUCCUCCUGUUUCUUGCAGAGGUGGUUCUUCUGUGCUGGAUAAAAUUCUUACCUAUAGACUCUCCGCAAGUUCGAAAUGAAACUGCUUCGUCACAGAGGCAAAGUUCAGAUGCAGGUUUUACCUCUGCCCUAGUGUCCACCAUCAUCAUGGUACCCGUGGGCAUUAUCUUUGUCAUAUUCACAAUUCACUUUUAUCGCACACUGGUUAGGCACAAAACGGAGCGCCAUCACAGGGAGAUUGAAGAACUCCACAAGUUAAAAAUCCAGCUCGAUGGACAUGACCGAGGUGUAAAUGUGGUGUGAAGUUCAAUGGGCAGUAGACUCAGGUUCAUGAGUCUGUAAUACUGAACACUUGUCAGAGGUUGGGCAGUAUAUCAGUCACAGCUGUGGAGUUUAAGAUUGAAUUCUUCCAAGCUGCAGAUCAUGUCUGCAUUGUCAUAAUGAAGGCUACAGGGCGAAAAAGGGACAACUUCUGAAAGGGAAAUGUUGCACUGUUUACAAAUGGGGCCUAAAGUGCUUACUUACAAAUGGUGUAAAAAAAGAAAUAUUUGAUAUUUGGUAUGUCCCAAAAUGUAUUUUAGAUGUUUUUAUUCAGUCUCUUUUAUCAUUUUCAGAACAUUUUUAGGUCUUAUAGGAUGUUAGCAGAUCAUCCUCAGCCAUGAAAAAGAUCACAUGUCACUAGUCCAAGUGUAUGUAGAUUAUGCAUUAAAGAAGUUCUUCAGUUUGAAAGAGUCUGUAGUCAAUAAGUUGAUCACAAAGUGUCUCCUUGUUAGGUCCCUCAGCAAGAAGACCAGACAGUUCCCCUAUCAGUGAGUGUUCACCAGUGAAGAUUCAGCAUUACACCACACCCAUUCAGAUCAAUGAGCUGUCCAGUUAAAGGGAACCUGUCACAGUAGCAUGGUGACCGUUCUGCAGGCAGCAUAUUGUCGAACAGAAGUAGCUGAGCAGAUCUAUAUAGUUUUGUAGAAAAAAUAUUAAUUUGAACUUGUAUUUUAUUCAAAUAAAUCCCUACUCUUUCUAUUCUUAAGAGUCCAAUGGGUGGUCCUUCUCAGUGAUCGACACCUAUCUCUGUAUGAGGACUGCCCACUGGACUCCUAAGCUUAAAAUGACCAGGGGUUUAUGUGAAUAACAUACAAGUUAUAAUGUAUCUUUUCCUACAAAACUAUAUAUCAAUCUGUUUUGCUCUACCUGCUAUGUAACUUGUUGCCUGCAGAUCAGACAACCAUGUUCAAUGUGACAGGUUCUCUUGAAUGUAAGACAGGUCCUCCAGAGCGAAAGAUGCUCUUUGUAACUCCGGCUAAUAGAUGAAGAUCCUAAAGAGAACUUUCUUUAUUUGCUCAGAUUUCCCUAAUAGGAUACCCUUUAAAGGGCAUCUGUCAGCAGAUUUGUACCUAUGAAACCAGCUGACCUGUUACAUGUGCACUUGGCAGCUGAAGGCAUCUG